AUGGCAGCAAUUGAAGCCUUGAACUGGUUGGCCAAUUCCAAGCAGUACUACAAGCUGGUGAAAAGAGCCUGGAAACUACCAUCAUCGUUACAAAGGAAGCGUCAUCUUACCCACUCUUGUCGGAAAAUUCAUUACGAAAGCUCGGGCUUGUCCAGUACAACGAGAAAUUCCUUGUCGAACAAAUUGAUGAAAAAAGAGACCUUGCAGAAGUAUCCCAACGUAAGAGAAAUCUUGGAGGAACGCAGCAAAGUAUUCAGUCCAAAUAUCGGGAAAGCUGUAGGCAGACAAGUGACCAUAAUGACAGAUGAGACGGUGACUCCAGUUGUCCAAAAGCCAAGACGUGUACCAUACAAUCUUGCAGCCAAAACAGAAGAAAAGAUCGCAUACUUGUUAAAUCAGGACAUCAUAGAGAAAGUACCAGAUGACGAAACACGUACCUGGAUCAGCCCAACAUUUAUCGUGCCGAAACCAAGUUCGGAUCAGAUUCGCCUAUGUGUAGAUAUGAGGAUGGCAAACAAGGCUAUUCUCCACCCAUACACUCAACUACCUACGAUGGAAGACGUGACCAACAAGUUUCAGGGUGCGAAGAAGUUCUCUAAAUUGGACUUGCGCGAGGCGUAUCACCAGUUCGAACUUACCACCGAAUCACACAAAAUAAGACCUUCUAUGGACCAGACGGAUUGUAUCGUUAUAAAAGACUGA